UGAAAGAGAGAGGUCGGAGAGACCACCUAUACAAUGAAAUCAUCAACUUCCCCUCCACGAGUCGACGGAUUUUCCCAGAUCGAAGGACGAGACACGAGACACGAGAGACACGCUGGUUUCCACGCAACCGCACCCACGUGCUCGCCUCACGUUACUCAAUGCAUCUCGUGAGACCUUCUCUACAAUUUUCGGUGGCAAUCGAAGACACUUCGUUUCUGAAGGUUACCCAAUUCUACAGCAAAUAUUCCACCCAUCGCCAGAAUUUGUCCGAUUUUCUCUCGAACGAUUUUAAUCGCCGCAACGAAAAGGAGACGCGCGCGCGAGAUAAUUCGCACACGGGCGAAAACUGUUGAUCCGAGAUCGCUAUCGAAGGGGACCUCGAAACGAGCCACGCUAGUCGGCGAUAUUCGCCAACGCGAAGUUAGCCAACCUGGCAACGAGACGAAACCAUCAUCCUGUCAAACGAUGGCCACGUUCUUUCUCCUCUGUUGCGUCACUGUGAUUAUAGCGGCCGCCGAAGAGGAUGGGUGGGUGUGGAGGGACGGUGACGAACAGAAGAGUAACGUCGACAGGACAAGUUACAGGUACCAGGUGAACGAGAACCUCGAGGAUCUCGGCCACGACAGACCUUUCAUAGGAUUUGGACCACAAAACACCGGACCUUACGGUCCUAACGGUAGACCCAUUGUACCGACGUCGUAUCCUGGCAACAAAGAAGUUCUUGUCGGCCCCGGUGGACCAACGGGCAUUAUAAAGAGACCUCCUUACGCCGGAAGUGUCGACGGUGGCGACUUGGGAACCGGUUUCGUGCCACCUUGGGUCAAGGACGAUCCUCGAUAUCGAGAAUACGACACCUGCAGAUGUAGAUACAGCUUUAAUUGCCCUUCCGCCGGAUUGAAAUUCGGGAGCUGUUCCAAAGAUAAGAAGUACUGCUGCUUUAACAGCAGGAAGUACCCAGCGUUGGUUUCCGGACAAUACGGACAAGGACACUAUCCUUUGUAUCCGAGUGCCCCGAACAAGUACGGGCCGGCGGCUUUCGUGCAAUCGCCCAACUAUUAUGGUAAUCGAAGGCCGCAGGGGAGUUUCACCGGCGCUAACAGAUAUCCUGGAAAUUACCAUUUCCCGGCGGUGAAUCCGAAUCCCUAUCCGCGACCCCACGGCAACCCUUACCAGCUGGAUUACGACUACAGCGACUCUGACUUCCACGCUCGGUCCGCAAUGAAGAACCAGACGGGGAGCGCCAGCGCGAAUGAAAAAGCUUAAGCCUCAUUUACACCAGACUUUCAAUCCAACAGGAGGAGGAGGAGGAGGAGGAGGAGGAGUCUCUCGGCCUAUUUCGCCUUGUAAAUUGUUAAUAAGAAUCGAUCUGGCUGGAAGAAACGGAGAAUCGUAUGUCGAAGAUAUUCUAGAGAGCUACGGGGAUUCGCGCGACCUGAAAUAUCACAGGGUGAUUCACGUAACUUGCACCGACCUGAAGUAACUUUCAAAUUACGCGAAAUCCUUUCCAAUGAAAAAUUGUCCAAUGCGAAAGUUGUAUUUAAGAAAGGCAAAAUAUGGCGUAUCAAUUUUUUUGCGACAGUUAUGUAUCAGAGUGUAUCGAGAGAUUGCAGAGACAAGAAAAUACCAAAGAUCGUUAUUGUAUUUCACAAUGCGACGCUCUCUUCUCAUCGAAAUAUUAACGAAAAAUUAAAACAUUGUCACGAAUUUCCUUUUCUUCGCUGGUAGGAAUUGUUCGUAAUGUAUCGUAUUGAUGUAUUGUUUUUUUAUUAUAAAGAUUAAAUUAAGAUUAUUGUUAUUGCAGAUA